AUGCUGCUAAAGAAGCUUAAGAAAAUAAAACAAAAAGUAUUAAAACAAAAACAAAAAAUAACGGUAAAUAGCCAGAUAACCAAAUCACAGCCAGAUUUACCAGAAAACAAUCAAAACCACGAAGGAGUAGACUCACAGCCCCUUCCAGGAAUAAAAUAUCUGCAAAUGCGGCAGAUGGCAUCCGAGAAGAAAUACUUCGACAGUGCUGAUCAUUUCUUAAAUUUAUACAAGACAGGCCAAGACUUAUUGCAAAGUGAGCCAAAAGUAAUGGAAAACGAAGGGGAAGCAGUGGAAUCUGUACAGGGACCCCUUGAGACUGCAUAUUCUGAGAUAAUCGAUGAAAUGAAGCCUAAAGAAUCUGUUUAA